AUGAGUGAGACCGACGACACAGACGUUCUUUUGCUAAUACCGCCAACGUUCUUUCUCGUAAAUAGCUCCUGUUCCGAGGAUUCGUUCCUCGAGUCUUCUAGAACGGUAGUUCACAAACCGGUUUCAUGCACUGCCAAAGUUAUUGGAAAACUUGUUGAUCAAGUGCAAUCAUUGGAAUCUCGAUUAGAAACCUUAGAAAUUGACACAAGCAACACAUUUUCCAGUCUAGGAUCACGUAAAGUGUGGGAUACCGAAAGUUUCGAGAGUCGUAGUCGUAGUCUAGACCGCCGAUGUUUUACGUUUCCGCGUCGAAAGCGAAGGAAAACUAGGAAAGAAAGAAACGGAUCUCACGUAAAUCUUGACAUCACCCACGAAAAACAUCCCGUAUACAGACAGAUUCUUGAUCAUAAGGCUGUGCAAUUGUCAUUAAAUGAAUCACAAAGCAUGGAUGGCGAUCUCAGCAGUAUUACGUCUACACCAAGCAAGAAAACUGACAAGCUUCUCCUACAUGAAAUAGAUGAAUUUCUAACUAAAGUGGAAUCAUAUCAAACACCAGAUAACAGAGCCAGAGACAGCACAAUAAGUUCUGAAAAUGUUAUCCAAGCAACGGGUGAAUACAUAAUGAAAUCUCUUGGCAGUAAAAAUAUAGAGGACAUACAGUUGCCUAGCGGUAGAGUGGUGUCCAGUAACAUAUUAGAUAAAUACAUUUACUUGGUGAAGAACAAACAAACACAGUCUAAUGCAUCAACUUCAGCUCAAAAUGAUUCUGACACACAAAACUUUUCAUCUGCCACAACCAGGAAUGAAGUUGCAAAUCAAAAUUGCGCUUCAACAAACAUCAAACACGAUACCAGGUCUCCGAGUAUGAGAAAAUUAAAUUUCUACGAGAAUAAAGAUGUCCAACCUACAUCAACUCCCAAAAAGAAUACACACCCAAGAUAUUGCGAUACAUUCAAACCGUCCUCAAACAAAAUACUUGAGAGAGCAUCUAAAGUAUUAGACAAUUACAGGUCACAAAGUUUUAGUCGGAAUACUCAAAGUGUUACGACGGAAACAAGUGAUAUGUCUUUUAAGAAGGAUGAUUUUAAAUUACCACAAAUGAAACCGUUCUGCUUGGAUCGUGAAGGUUUUAAAAUUGACUCUAUUGAAACAGAUUUGCUGAGUUUAAGUGAACUUUGGGGUGAGAAAGCCGAUAAGAAUGAAAAGUUUGACAACAAUAAGUUAGAAGAAGAAAGAUUGAAGAGAGAGCAUUGCGAGGUCAUGAUACAGCAGUUACAAAAGAAGUUACUCGAGCAACAAGAAAAGUUAGCGGUGGCCGUUAAAGUUGACCGAGCCAAGGACGCUGCCAUACACAAACUGAGAGAGGCCUGGUUAAGACUGACGGGGAAUCUGGACCAGGCUGAGGAGAGACAUCGGAACGCUCUUGACGAGAUGAACAGAGAAGUUGAUAACUUUAAAAUGGUCGCUGAUGAAGCACAGAAGAAAACAAAUCACUUUGAAACUGAACUUUACAAAGCAUUGGAUCUGGCGCACGACUAUCAGGAACAAUGUAAACUAUUGACAACAGAAAAGAAAGAUUUACAAGAAAGUCUUCAGAGUUUACAAGCACAGAGUAUAGAAACAAUGAAAGUAAAAGAAAAAGAAAUGGCCAUUAUAAAAGAAAACUGUGAAACAUUGAUGAGGCUAAAUAAACAGUCCGCUGACUGUGUUGAGAAUUUGGAGGUAGCAUUGGCUAAGGAGAAAAGUGAUCACGAAAAGACCAAAAACAAAAUUAUAGAAUUGAUUGAGAAGAUGAAUAGAAUUGAACAAGAGAAGAAAGUAUUUGAACAAGAGAGUGAGGCUGCAAGAGAAAGAAUCAAUCAAGAAAAAGAGAGAUGUAAUAUGAUAGAGACAGAACUAUUGACUGUGAAGGAACAGUGUGUGGAAAUACAAAGGAAAUAUGACGCGGUCCAGUCUGAAGCGAAGAGUCUUCAAGAACAGUUGGAAGUCGAGAGGAAGGAGCUGAAGCGUCACUACCAGGCGCAGUUAGAGGAGGCCGUGGUGAGGAAGUUGAGGGAGUUCCAGGAACAACUGGAACUGGCUGAGAGAGACAUGGAGCGGGCGGCGCGGGAAGGGGAGCGGGCCGCGGGACAGAGGGCGGAGAGGACCGUGGCCGCGAUACGGGAACAGCACAAGUUAGAAGUGAACGUGUUAGAAGAAAAGCAGAAAGAAGAGAUCAAACUGUACAGACUACAGCUGGCGCAGGCGCAGGAGAAGAUAGGACUACUAGAGAGCAAGUUGUCUAGUUACCGUCGAGGUCGCGGUGAGCUCGCGGCUCAGCUGCACGGUGUGAUGCAGGCGCAGUGGAAACAAGCGCUCACCAUACUGACUAGACAACACGCCUCGCACUACAGGGACGACGUUCCGACGCCGGUGUCCAAAGACUUCCCCCUCCCGCCCCCCCUGUCUCCUCCUAACAAGGAACACUCAGGGAACAUGAGCGACCACGAGCUGCAACAGUACAUAAAACUGUUACUAUCGAAGCCCCCCGGUCACACUGCGGAGCCCCACAAACCUGAUGAAGAACCAACCCGCGAGCGUCGGGACCGGGGGCGAAUUCCGACGCCGGUGUCCAAAGACUUCCCCCUCCCGCCCCCCCUGUCUCCUCCUAACAAGGAACACUCAGGGAACAUGAACGACCACGAGCUGCAGCAGUACAUACAACUGUUACUAUCGAAGCCCGGUCACACUGCGGAGCCCCACAAACCUGAUGAAGAACCAACCCACGAGCGGCGGGACCGGGGGUGA